GAGCUGAGGCGGAGAGAAGCGAGUUGCCGGUGCGAAAUAUCUAAAUUUUUAAGGAGAAGAGCCACGAGUGACACGUGGAGGAGUCCCAGAGGCUUAGUGGAGGGGAGAGAUGGUGUCUAAAACUAGGAGAGGUGGCGAAAUUGUCGGUGAUUCUAUAGAGCCAAUAGGAAAUGACAUACCUUCACUGCCACAACCGGAGCCCACACAGCAACAAAUUGGGCAGGGCGAGCCCAUACAGUCACAACUAAGGCAGGAUGAGCCAACCAUGAGGCAAAUGAUGGAUCUACUAUAUAAUCUUAGUGACCGCAUGAAGAGACAAGAAGAAGAGUUGGCCGCUUUAAGACAAUAUAAGGAGAAUGACAACCGAGAGGGAAAUGGCCAACAAGAAGGAAGCCAUACCAAGGUAUUCAAUGCGAGCCAAUCUGCUGAUGAAGGCUUACCUCCCUAUUCUCACCAUGAGACUAGUCCGAAGAAUGUGAGUCUCCACUCUGAGCAACAGACAUCCACGAUCACAAAGAUCUGGAGUACUUUUCGUAAGUUUAAUCCUCCUACUUUCGAUGGAAAUCUUAAGCCGGCGGUGGUUGAAGAAUGGAUAGAUCAAUUGGAGAGUAUUUUUCGUAUGGUUGUGUGCACUUCUAAUCAAAAGGUGCAGCUGGCAAUAUUCCUACUACAGAAGAGUGCUAAGAAAUGGUGGGAAACAUCAGGACCGAAGGAUGAUUCCUCUCUUACUUGGGAAGAUUUUAAAGCCAUAUUGUUCGAGAAUUAUUUUCCUACUGCACUGAGAGCAGAAAAGGAGGCUGAGUUUCAUGCAUUCCGUCAGGGUGAUUAG